CUUCACUUGGCUGUCCACUUAACUGUAGUAAGUAUAAUUUAGAAUGACAAAAUGGUAAAAAAAAGAAAAAAAAAAAAAAAAAAAAAAAAAAAAAAAAAGAAAAAAAAAAAAAAAAAAAAAAAAAAAAAAAAAAAAUAAUGAAAAAAAAAAUAAAUAAAAACUAUCUUUAGUUUAUUAAAUUUCUUUUAAAGCCAGGAACCCAUUAAACUUACAAACUAUUCAGACACAAGAUUAUUAUACCGCAUAACUUGAAUGUAAUAUUUAAUUACUUCUUUUUUUUUUGGUCGCAACCCUUUAAAUAAAUUUUUUGAGAACUUAAUUAAGUAGGCGUCCCAAAGUAUAGGAGGAAACAAAAAAAAAAGCUUCUGUACUUUUAAAAAAAAUAAAAAUAAUAAUAAAAAGCUGUAACAAAAAUCUUCGCUGUAAAAAAAGGGUAGCUCUUAACUUUUACGCUGGCAAAAGCUUUUUAUCCCGAAGAAUGGGGCAGCCUUGGCAAUAUUUCUAGAGAUGGUGGAAGAUUUCCAGAUUGCAAAUAAUUUCUCUCCCCCUCCCCCCCCCCCACUUUUCCCCAUUUAUCCAUGGUACAAAGGUUUUGACUGAAUAAAUAUUUAUUUGUUUCCCACUUUUAUAUGCCCCCCCCACUCUUUUUUUCGUUCGCUGCCUCCUUGUUUAAGGCAAAGCUCCGCCGAAUAGAUUCUUGCAAAUUGUAUUAAUAAUCGCAUCAUUACAUAAACGCAAAAGAUAGACGCACAUAAAAAAUAAUCUAAAUUGAACAAAAGAUCUUUGGUUUCCCCAGAAUGAUAAAACACUUUUGAAACUAAAUUUAGUCUGGAUGAUACAUCCGCAAUAAUAUUAGACUGUUAUUUUCAUGAAUUUUUACAUUGUCUACCAUUAAAAAAAUAUAUAUAUAUUGCCAGGAGGCAUAAAGUAAAGGUAGUCAGGUCCACCAUUUUUUAAAUUAUUUUUUCUUCUUAUGAAGAAAAAUUAAGAAAUAAUCUCUGGUGUAAGACAAAUAAGCAUCCAUAAAAAGGAAAGGUUAUAAAAUCAACGAGAUAUCGAUGACGGUGAAAGGAAAAGAAAGAAAACAUCUCUGCCUGCAUUUUCUAUGGGCUCAGCUUUGUCACAAAACAAUAAAAAAUAUUUUAAAAAAUUGGAGUCGCAAAUUUCCUGAGUAGGGUGAAUGAUUUUUCCUCAAUUCUUUCGUUUUAAUUUGAUCUUAAAAUGAUAUGUUUAUAAAAUUUUUCCGUACUUACAGAUUGAACGUAAAAAUGGCAGCAAAUUUAAAAAUGGUUCUUAUUGCCUGUAUCAUCGGUUGCUCUUUGGUCCAGUUCGGCAACGGUGAUGGCCUUGGAUACGGCGGCGGUCUUGGAGGUGGCCUAGGAUACGGUGGUGGUCUUGGAUACGGCGGUGGUCUUGGUGGGGGCAUCGGCGGCGGUCUUGGAUACGGCGGCGGUCUAGGAUACGGCGGCGGUCUUGGAGGUGGCAUCGGCGGUGGUCUUGGAUACGGCGGCGGUCUAGGAUACGGCGGUGGUCUUGGAUACGGUGGUGGUCUUGGAGGCGGUCUAGGCGGCGGUUUUGGAAUCGGCGGCGGUCUAGGAUACGGCGGCGGUCUUGGAGGUGGCAUCGGCGGUGGUCUUGGAUACGGCGGCGGUCUAGGAUACGGCGGUGGUCUUGGAUACGGUGGUGGUCUUGGAGGCGGUCUAGGAUACGGCGGCGGUCUUGGAUACGGCGGCGGUCUUGGAUACGGUGGUGGCCUUGGAGGUGGCAUUGGCGGUGGUCUUGGAGGUGGCAUUGGCGGUGGUCUUGGGUACGGCGGUGGCCUUGGACUCGGAGGCGGUCUCGGAUAUGGAGCCGGUUAUGGUGCUGGUUAUGGUGGUGCCGGAGGAUUCGGACAAGGAGGUUACGGAGGAGGCUACAACGGCUACGGCGCCGGAGGCUAUGGUGCCGGAGGUUAUGGAAACGGUCAGUACGGUGGUGGUGCUGCUGGUGCCGGCGCUAAAGGAUCAUCUUCAUCCUCGUACGUCUCAUCCUCAAGCAACUCUGACUUCAAAGCCGGAGCCGGUAAUGCUGCCGGUGGUUACGCCGGAGGUGCUGGAGGUUAUGGUGGUGCUGGAGGCUACGGCGGCGCUUCAGGCUACGGAGGAGCAGGCUAUGGCGGUGGCUACGGUGCCGGUGGCGGCUAUGGUGCCGGUUAUGGUGCCGGACUUGGAGUCUACGGGCGUUAAACUCAUACUAGCAUGCCAUAAAUCGAAACAACACCAUGUGGUUUGUUGUGAUAUAAACCAUCAUGGCUGCAUGGACACAGUGAAGUCGAAUGGAUAGUAAUUUUCUUUUAUAAUGAUC